UCCAAUUCAUUUGCCACGAGGGACCACGUCGAAAUCAAUUGUCCUCUCGGACGUUCCUCUUUGCUUAUUUCGCCUGUACAGUUUGUCGUUCAAGUUCAAGUAGCGCGAUUUUUCACACAUUUUUUUACACGACAUGGCACACUCUACGACUAUUUUCGCUCUAGUGCUUUGUGCCAGCAUCAUCGGCUGCACCCUCGCCGUCGACGUUCCGGACUUUAUUCACGUGUGCAAGCGAAACGACCCGCAUAUCGAGGACUGCAUCAGAAGAAGCGUCGACGAGCUAAAGCCAAAGCUAGUGACCGGCGAGCCAACUUACAACAUCCCGUCCCUGGAGCCCCUGCUCCUCAAGGAGCUCAUAGCGACCGAAGGCUCGGGUGGCCUCAAGAUCACCGCCCGCGAGAUCAAGGCCUACGGUGCCAGCAACUUCUACAUCCAGAAGCUCAGGGUGGACAUGAACACGUUGCGCUUCGCCAUGGACAUCCUGUUGCCGCACCUGUACAUCGAGGGCCUGUACGAGAUAAACGGGAAGGUGCUGUUGCUGCCGAUCCGGGGCAGCGGGCCGCUGACCGGUAACUUCACCGACGCCACGGGCUCGGUGAAGAUCCAGGCGGCCACGUCCAAGGACAUCAACGGCGACGACCACAUAACGCUCAACGAGUUCCGCAUGCGCAUCUCCAUCCGCAAGGGCUCCCUCAAUCUCGAGAACCUGUUCAACGGGGACCCGACCCUCGGCACCGUCAUCAACAACGCCAUCAACAGCAACUUUGACGCCUUCCUCAAGGAGCUACAGCCCCUCAUCGAGAAGGCCCUGUCCAACGCCUUUACCGACAUCAGCAACAAGAUCGUUAAUCCCUUCACCUACAACCAACUGUUCCCCGCCUUCUGAGAACCCUCGCUGUCAUCGGCAUUUUACCAUCACCCUCCUCAUUACUCCCUCGUUUGUCAUUUUUAUCAUUACCUGUGCGACAGGUCCACCAUUUUCCAUCAUUUUCCUCUUCUUAUCGACGUUAUUUCAAUCCCUUAGGAUUAUUACUUUUUUUUUUUUUUUUUUUUUUCAUUAUUUUCUUUUUUUUUUUAUCAACAAAAUCCUAUACUAACGUGUACAUAAUUCUUUGCGGCACAACAAAUACAGCAUUUUGUAGGUGCACCCUUACUUUUCCAUUUCUUUGUAUCCUCGAUCGCGCCAAGGUAAAAAGUGCGACGUACAAACGUGUCCGGAGAAUAAUAAUUUGUGCGUCGCUUGAUGCACAAGUGAGCUAUGGGUUAUUGUACAUCGAGUAGUCGAAUAAUCUUUGUACUUCGUCAAAAGAUCCAAGAUAACAUCACGAAUAUCGAAAGGGGAGGAAUAAAAUAAAAUUUAGCCCUUGAUUUUUUUUCCAUGCCUUUUGAGCGUCGCGAUAUUUGUUGCGCGUAUACGUAUGAAAAAUUACACGUGUAAUACUCGAAACGCGAUAUUCGUAUAUAAAUCGAAUCGUUAACAUGAAGAAUAUACGUAUAUCGUUGUAGACAAGUCCCAUUGGAAGGUGACCAAAUCAGCAAAGUCAAAUGCCGUCGAUCGGGUACAAGAUGACAAGACGGUGUCUCACGAUUAUCUAUUGUAAUGUUCGAAAUUUUUUUUUUUUUCAUGCGAAAUGGCCACAAAAUUCUUUUGUCCCCAAAAAUUGGCUGUAAUUUGCAAAAUUUGGUCACUCUAAGGAUAGUAUAUUAAUUACAUUUCGGUAUAUAUACCUAACUUUGAUGCAAAAGUAUAUAAGUAGCCGAGUGAUGUAAUUUCAAUAAUAUGUUCUUUACGUAAGGUUGUCAUUAUUAGGAUUAGUUUUAGUAAUUAUGAUUCACGUACUUAUCACAUAACUUUGAAAAUUAUAUCGAGUAUAAUAAUCACUCGAGCGAUGUAUCCAAAUAUUAAAAUCGCAAUUCGUGCCAAGUCCGCAGCUAAAAUAACAGAAUGCAGGCAUGUAUUGUCAAGCGUAUUAUUAAUAUCCAUCGAUGACUAUCCCUCCCAAUUCCCUUUCGGAGGUAGUCGAUGAUUGUUUUAUUGUAUUCACUUAUUUUUUUCCACGCAAACUUUUACUUGAAUACUUGAUGUGAGUGAAAUUGCGAGCGCCUUACUGAUUUUUCAUAAAUUGAUGACAAAAUUGUGACUGAUUUGUCUUUUAUCGAUUAAA